AUGCUCUCACUGGAGCUCCACAAAGAGCUUGAGAAGUGGUCAGCAAGUCAUGGUGGCUCGAUGCAUGAUGCCGUCGUGAUUGCCCACGAUGAACAGCGCGGCGUCCACAUGCAAGUCAGAUCUGACUGGCCCAAAGCCAUAGAGCCAGAGACCCGCGCUAUCAGUACCCCACUGGGUAUUACAAUGUCCUACUACAAUGCGAUUGACUAUAGGUCUAACAAAGGGUCAUACUUCAGUCACGAUGUGAAGCUCCCGCAGGCGUUUAUUGAAACCGUGGGCUCAGAAGAAACUUUUGCCUUUUUCCUGAUGGGCCAGUACCUCCGAGGAGAAAAGGGCUUCUGGUACCCUUACUUGCGGACCCUUCCUCAGCCUGGUCAACUGAACACGCCGUUGUUCUUUGACCAGGAAGAUGCUGACUGGAUUGAGGGUACGGGGGUCAUCGAGGCUUCCCAUUUCAGAUACGCAAUCUGGGAUAAGAAGUACGAGGAAUGCAUUUCGAUGCUUGAGAGACUCGAAUUCGAGAAAUAUGAAGACUACACCUGGGAUCUCUACCUGUGGGCUUCGACUAUCAUUACCUCUCGCGCAUUCUCAGCAAAGGUCCUGGCUGAUGGAGUAGAGGCGUCCGACCUCCCUGAAACCGGAAUAUCGGUUCUACUUCCGCUGAUCGACCUCCCCAAUCACCGCCCCCUCGCCAAGGUCGAGUGGCGUGCUGGAACCCAGGACGUUGGAUUAAUCAUCCGGGAAGAUAUUCGACCAGGAGAAGAGAUCUCCAACAAUUACGGACCGCGCAACAAUGAGCAGUGUGAGUGUGUCAACGAGGUUAACAUUAUGGAUCAAAUGCUUACUUAA